AUAUUUUUUUAUAUUUUUAUUUGUGGUUGUAUACGCAACUGAAGUUUUAGUUUUUAAUGUUGGUAUUAGUGACUGAUGGGUUACUAAAACCAUUUCGGUUGUUUUGUUGGUAGCAGUUAUUAUUUCUUUCCGGUCAAAGUUUUUGAGCCGUCAACAUGGGUAAGCCCCGUGGAUUGAGAACCGCUAGGAAACAUGUGAAUCACCGUCGUGAACAAAGAUGGGCUGAUAAAGAUUACAAAAAGGCACAUUUAGGAACUAGAUGGAAGGCUAAUCCUUUUGGAGGUGCUUCUCAUGCUAAAGGAAUUGUAUUGGAAAAAGUGGGAGUUGAAGCAAAACAACCUAACUCUGCUAUUCGCAAGUGCGUUAGGGUACAGUUAAUUAAAAAUGGUAAAAAAAUCACAGCCUUCGUACCUAGAGAUGGUUGCUUAAACCAUAUAGAAGAAAACGAUGAAGUUCUAGUUGCAGGUUUUGGACGUAAAGGUCAUGCUGUAGGAGAUAUUCCCGGAGUUAGAUUUAAGGUUGUUAAGGUCGCUAAUGUGUCCCUAUUAGCUUUAUACAAAGAAAAGAAGGAAAGGCCAAGAUCAUAAUUAAAAUGUUAUUUUUUUUAUUUAUUUGCUUGGCACUUUUAAUUUUUAAAUAAAGUGUUAAGCAUAUAAUUUUGUACAGUGUUUUAUUUCAAUAAACAAUUUUAUACCUGU